AUGUACCGCGUGCCUCUGGACGGCGACGUCUCCCUCCACCACGCCAUCGACGUCGGCUUCCUCCACGGCCGAGCGACGCCGACCGCCCUCGUCCUCGCCGACCCUCGCCAGACGUGGCCGGGCCGGUCCGACCGCCGUCAGCCGCCGCCGGAUACGCGCUGGAACCCGUCGACGUGCGAGGUUGGCGCGCUAGUCCUGUCCCCGCUCCCACGCACCGGCGCGCUGCUCUGGCGCCGGCAAGGCCUCUCCUCCAACUCGACGGCCUCCGACUCCAACUCCAACUCGAGCUCCAACUCCAACUCCAACUCCCUAGGCCUCCCCUCCAACUCGACGGCGCUGCUGCCGCUUCCGCUGCCGCUGGGAGGGGCGCUUGUGGUCCACUCCCACGGCGUCGCUCUCAACGGAGAGGCUCGCUGCGAGGCGACGCCGCUGGUGGAUGGCGCCGCGCCGCGCGUCGCCCUCUCACUUCACUCGGGCGAGCUCGACACCCUGUGCCUCUUCAUUAGCAAGGAACAACGCAUAGUUGAUCGCUAA